AACUAAUCAAUCAAGCCACAUACCAAACAAUAAUGAUGCAUCGACAAGGCAGCAGCAAGCACCAGACGACGACCAUGGCGGCGCUCGCCAUCGCCGCCGUGCUCCUCCUCCUCCAAGCAUCACCUCUUACCGCCAUGGCGACCCCGCCAAGCAGCAUCGAGGACGCGUGCCGGGGCGCGGCGGAGCGGCACCCAGGAAUCUCCUACGCGCACUGCGUCUCCUCCCUCUCCGCCGACGCGCGUGCCCGGGACGCGGCGGACCUGCACGCGCUGGCGGCGCUGGCGACCCGGAUUUCCAUCGAGCACGCGACCACCACUCUAUCCAAGCUCGACGGGAUGAACGAGGCGGAGCCGUCCCCGCGGGCGCGGGCGCGGCUGGCGCACUGCCUGGACCUGUACGGCGCCGCCGCCGACGUGCUCCGCGACGCGCUGGACAACAUCCGGGCGGGGGUGUACGGCCGGGCGCUGGAGCAGAUCGCGGCGGCGGGGGGCGCGGCGGAGAAGUGCGAGGAUGUUUGGAAGGGGGAGGAGAAGGCGAAAGUGCCCGUGGCCCGGCAUGACCGGGAGUAUGGCCGCAUGGCCGUCGUCGCCCUCGGCCUCACCAGCGGCAUCGCCUGAAGAGACCCAAUUCAGUUGGCCUCAAUGCAUAUGCAUUUAGUUGUUUUUUGGUAUUUACUAUAUUAUUUAUUGCUUUAUAAAAUAAAAAAUAAUAACGUCAGUGCUCGGAAUGGUAAUAAGGAAGAUGUGAAGAUAUCAAGGAAAAUAAUUGACAUCAUGUGAAGAUGUUGUCUUUUGUUCUUUCCUUGGUUUUGGUGUAGAUAAAGUAAUGAAGAAGGAAAAGAUUGCGGGUUAGGACGAGCUUUGAUGGAAGCAACCAUUCGUUAACGAGGAAACAGAGUUAAAACA